AUCGAAAAGAAAAGAAAUUGGGAGUCGUCGGUCGCUCUCUCUCUCCUGCUUCCUCUCUCUAUAAGACAGUAAUAAAGUAGUCCAAGGUUACAGUUUUAAUGCGGAAACCCAUGGCGUCGGUGACACUCCAUUCCCCAGGACGACAGAUCACUCAUUACAGCCUCGCGCCGUACACAUGACAGUUCAUUCCUCUCUCUUACCAACCCAAAGCACCCUCACACACCGACAUACAGUUCAACUCCACCUACAAACCCACCGCCACUUUCUUCAGAUCUCUCCUUCAUUCUGACCAUAACAACUGUCGAUAUUCCCUCAAAUUCGCCGUACGAACUCCUUAGGGCCCCGGUAAUAACUGCAACAUUCUCGUAGUAAUUGGUUUCUUCUUCACUAGAUCUGGUUUUCGGAAUGGACGGCGGCGACGGAACGGUUCGGUUGGGGGCUCUGACCACGAGGCCCGAUCGGGGCUUCAACUUGGAGCCCGACGUCUCUGUUUCGUCUCCGGUCACGAGGCAGAAAGCCGCGGCGGCAAAGCAGUUGAUUGAGAAUCACUACAAGAACUACCUCCAAGGCUUGCAAGACCGUAAAGAGAGGCGUCGAGCAUUGCAGAUGAGGGCGCAAGAAGCGAAGUUGUCUAGUGAAGAAGAGGAGGAGAUGUUGAGGGAUUUGGAGCGAAGAGAGACAGAGUUUAUGAGAUUGCAGAGGCAUAAAGUUGGAAUUGAUGACUUUGAGCUGUUGACUGUGAUUGGUAAAGGUGCAUUUGGUGAGGUUAGGCUAUGCCGUGCUAAAAAUACAGGAGAGAUAUAUGCACUGAAGAAAUUGAAGAAAUCAGAUAUGCUUAGCCGUGGACAGGUUGAGCAUGUUCGGUCGGAGAGGAAUUUGCUAGUGGAGGUUGAUAGCCGGUGCAUUGUGAAGCUCUUCUAUUCAUUCCAAGAUUCAGAUUUUUUAUACCUUAUCAUGGAGUAUUUACCUGGUGGUGACAUUAUGACCUUACUGAUGAGAGAGGAUAUUCUUUCGGAAGAUGUUGCACGCUUUUAUAUAGCAGAAAGUAUUUUAGCUAUCCAUUCAAUUCACCAACACAACUAUGUGCACAGGGACAUAAAACCAGAUAACCUGAUACUGGACAAGAAUGGCCAUUUAAAGCUCUCAGAUUUUGGCUUGUGUAAGCCCCUUGACAAUAAAUAUUCAACAAUAUUGUUGGAAGAUGAUGGUUUUUUAAACCAGGAUUCAACACACGACAGUGAAGCGCAUUCUAGUGGUGAGAGGCCUCCUUGGUUGAUGCCAAAAGAACAAUUACAACAGUGGAAACGCAAUCGUCGUGCCUUGGCAUAUUCUACUGUUGGGACUCUCGAUUAUAUGGCACCUGAGGUUUUGCUUAAAAAAGGAUAUGGCAUGGAAUGUGACUGGUGGUCGUUGGGGGCAAUCAUGUAUGAGAUGCUUGUUGGCUAUCCUCCCUUCUGUUCAGACGACCCAAGGAUCACAUAUCACAAGAUAACAAAGUGGCAGAAAUGCCUGAAAUUUCCUGAGGAGCCAAAAAUAUCAAAUGAGGCUAAGGAUCUAAUCUGUCAUUUGCUAUGUGAUGUGGACACAAGGUUGGGAACCAAAGGAGUGGAGGAAAUAAAGGCACAUCCAUGGUUUAAAGGCAUCCAAUGGGAUGUGCUGUAUGAAAUGGAAGCUGCCUACAAGCCUACUGUGGUUGGAGAAUUGGACACUCAAAAUUUUGAGAAGUUUCCUGAUGUAGAAGAUCUACCUUCCACAAUACCUAGAGUGGGACCUUGGCGAAAGAUGUUGACAUCAAAAGAUGCUAAUUUCAUAGGGUAUACUUUCAAGAACUCUGACAUCAGUGACAUGCUAAAAUCAGGUCGGACUUCAGAUGCAGACAUGAUGAGAUCAAAAGGACUUUCUAAGACGCCAUCUUUAACAUCUUUGUUUGGCCAGAUAAACCUGGAAGAAAAUGAGCUGGUUGAGGGUGAUGAGAAGCAGGGAACUUGAGUAUCGUCCUUUGAGUUAACUUUAUACCAUAGCCGGCUUAUGCUAGAUUCUUCACGGAGGUCCGAUGAAGUAGCUAUUAUAGAAGAGUGAACUUGGAAACAGAUGGUUGUACAAAAAACACGAAUAAGAAGGUCAACUCAGCUCAACUGCUGAGCUGAUACGAUUUUGAGCAACAACAGUGGCAGGACGAAACACAGAAGAUGAGCCGUCCAUGCACAUGGGUCCCACAAUGCAUUCACAAUCACGUGCAUCAAACGGAUGUAUUCUGCGUACUCAUUGUUGUUUGGGCAAUAUUUUCUCCGCAAAAGAACUCUACCUACACACGUUUUAUGUCAUAAGAACUCUACCUACACACGUUUUAUGUCGAUUCCGUGAUUUAUACGUGCUAAUGUAUAGCCAACUGUUCAGUUCGUUCUUAUUACACAUCUCUCUCUCUCUCUCUCUUUUUUCCUUCUUCCAAGACAUGUCCAGUUGAAGAACAGAAUUUGUUUGGGCUUUGGUCCCCUUCUGACUAAAACCCCGUUCUUAUAAAGUUCUUAUUUUUUAAUUAUUUAUUUUUUCGUUUUACGAGACAA